ACACUUCCUCAGAAGUCUUUACUGAAUACCUGCACUGGAGGAGACCCCUUUUCCUCUGUUUUCGUAAGUCACUUCCAUCAGAGUCACAUUGCUCCGUCGGUUCCAGCACUGCAUACGCUGAUUUUCUCUGCCAGCAAUGGCGACGCCACGCCUUGGUCGGUGCAAGAUUGGUUCACGCAAAUGCAGAUCUCCAUUAGCAGCUGCUGCCAGCCAACAUUGGCUGCUUUACUUCACUACUAGUUUCUGGCGAUCCAGUCUUCUUCGAGCUGCAGACUCCUACCCUAGCGGCUAUUGCGACUGUACUCUUCGCUCUUGGGAUCCAUGAUCAGACAAGCCAUCCUCAGUCGUUUCGCGCUCGUAAUAUCGACGGACAGAGUCUUCGCAACCCUUCCGUGUCGAAUAAAACGGAUUUUUUUGCAGGCAGACUGACGCAGCCUGAGUUCUGUUUGUGACGCAGUAACCCUUACUCAUAACGCAGCAUUAUAUAACGCCCGGAAACGACAACCCUAACUCGGAAGCUCUCAUUGACCAUCAAUUGAAGAAAAUAAACCCCUUCACGAAACUCCUCAUGAUGGGAAGUGCGACGAGUCGUCGCGUGAUUCGCGGCGGCAAUCUCGAGGGAGGGCUGGCUCCGGCUACUAAAUUUCUCGCACUGCUUCUUCACGUGGGGAUGUCUUGCUGGCAUUUCAGCCCGCACAUGACGGCGGCAAACGCGCAAAUGCUGGACAAUUCACAAGCAUUUGCUUUGGAGCAGAUACUGCUGGAGUGGGGCGUUGAAUCUUUCGGAGGAGCAUCUGGAUGGGAUUGCAAGAACGCCACGUGGCUCUCAUGCACAGCGGAUGGCUUCGUUACUGGCAUGUCCAUCACUGACACGCCCAUCACGGGAUCUCUUCCAGACGCCAUUAGCGCCCUCUCCUACCUCACAGCACUCACCAUCCGCAACACCACCCUUGCCGGGCCCCUCCCUUCCGCACUGCAGUCCCUCUCAGCCCUCCAAUUCCUCUCCAUGCCCUACAACAAGUUCGCUGGCACCAUUCCUGAGUACCUUGGUUCGCUCUCCAAGCUCUCCUUCUUGGAUGUGUUCUCCAACGCCUUUGAAGGGCCCAUCCCAGACACGCUCACUCUCCUCACAGACCUUGCCCUGCUCAAGAUUGGCAACUGGCAUCUCAACGGGUCCAUUCCAGGCGACCUUGGCAACCUCAAGGCACUCACUUUCCUUGAGCUGCAAGGCGCAGAGAUGGACGGGCCAUUCCCAGAUUCCAUCACCAAACUCACCAAUCUGGAGCUCCUCCACUUGGGCCUGACAGGGCUGCACGGCUCCCUACCGGAUGGGAUUGGAGAUCUGACCAAGCUAAGCAAUUUUGGCGUGCAUCGGAACCGUCUCUCUGGACCCAUACCCUCCACUCUCGGCCGAUUGACUGCAGUCGUACGAUUUGAGCUGGACGACAACAGCUUCAACGGAACCAUACCGGCAACUCUUGGCGACCUCACCCUCGUAACCAAAUUCAAUCUGAGUGCCAAUCACCUGACUGGCCCGGUUCCUGAAUCCCUCGCUAACCUCACUCAAGCCACUGUCCUGGACUUUUCCAAGAAUCCCCUCAACGGCUCUCUUCCUCCCUCGCUGGGUGCAUUAAUCAGCGUGGCGAAUAUCUCCCUCUACGGCACCUGGCUCGAGUGCCCCGCCAACCAGCCCUGUGGAGUUGACCAGUCUCCCCACUCCGCUUUCUGCAAGCUCUGCUCCGGCUUCUGCAGACUCUGCAGCUCCUACACUGCCGACGUCUGCAGCACAUUCCCUGUCAACCCCUGCGGUGUCGGUACUUGUGUUUCCGGGGGCAACACCAGCAGCGGCGGCAGCAGCAGCAGCCGAAGUGUCAGAAGCAGCAGCAGAGGUAUAAGGGCCAUAAGCAGCAGCAGCAGCAGCAGUGGCAGCAUAAGGGCCAGCAGUAGCGGUGGUAUCAGGGGCAUCAGCAGUAGUGCUACCCCUGCCUACUACUCAUGCUCCUGCCCUGCAACCACCUCUCCUGGCCUUCUCCCUGAUGGCAACGCCACCUGUGUGCCCAAGACCACCCCCCCCGCACCACCAUCCGCUGCGUCCCCAUCCUCCCCCUCGCCCGCUCUCCCCUCCUCCCCCCCGCCUGCUCUCCCCUCCUCCCCCCCGCCUGCUCUCCCCUCCUCCCCCCUGCCCGCUCUCCCCUCCUCCCCUCCGCCCGCUCUCCCCUCCUCCCCCUCGACCACUCCCCCCUCCUCCCCCUCCCCCUCCCCUCCAUCCUCCCCCUCCCCCUCCCCUCCGUCCUCCCCAUCCCCCUCCCCUCCGUCCUCCCCAUCCCCCUCCCCUCCUACAUCCCCAACUCCUUCCCCUCCUACGCAAGCUCCCCCUUCUUCCUCUCCUCCUCCUCCCUCCUCCUCAUCCUCCUCCCCGCCACUCGGAAUGAUCAUUGGGGUAGCAGUCGGAGGAGGGGCCCUUAUCGUCGCUUGUCUCGCCCUUGUCUUCAUCCUCCUUAAGGGAAGGCCCGCUACAGCACACAAUUCAGCUGUCCCCGGCAUGUUCCGCUGCUACAGCCUGGCAGAGGUGCUACAGGCGACUGACAACUGGGCGAGCUACAACCACCUGGGCAGCGGGGGCUAUGGGGACGUGUACAAGGGGGUGCCGCCCUGCGCUAGGGAGGGGGGAGGAGGUGCGGGGGCUAUUGGGGGAGCAGGGAGGGGAUCAGGGAGGGGAGCAGGAAAGACAGCUGGUGAGGGGGAAGUUGGGAUUACAGUGGAGGCGGGGGAGCCAAAAGUGUGGGCCGUGAAGCGCGCCAAGAUACGCACCAACGACUUCCACAAGGAGGUCCAGCUGAUGGCCAGCAAGCACCACCCGCACCUGGUGCGCCUGCUGGGGUACUGUGAAACGACUGACGCCAAGACACACGAGCAGGAGCAGAUCAUCAUCUACGAGUUCAUGGCAAAUGGCGACCUGGAGCGCGUAUUGAACAACCUCUCGACGAGGCCCAUCAGCCUGCAGCAGCGGCUGGAGAUGAUGAUCGGAGCAGCCAGGGGCCUGGAGUACCUGCACAGCUUCUCCAUGGUGCAUCGGGACGUGAAGCCGGCGAAUAUACUGCUGGAUGGCAACUGGAAGGCCAAGAUUGCUGACUUCGGGCUGACAAAGAUGGGCGAGGGCAAUGCCUACAACCCGCAGGAUUCAACUCGAGUGCUCGGCACCCCGGGAUACGUGGACCCUGUGUAUGGGCGCACGCGCAAGGCCACCCCUGCCAACGAUGUCUUCAGCUUUGGCAUUGUGAUGCUUGAGCUCCUGACGGGCCGCAGAGCCAUCAUGGUGCUCUCUGGCAAUGACGACCCGAUCAACAUAAGCAAAUGGGCUGCCCCGUUAGUGGAGCAAGGCAAUGUGGCUGCCUUCAAGGAUCCGAAUCUCGAUGCUCCUGAUGACGUCGUUCUGCGCCUCGCACUCCUUGCUGUGAAAUGCACUGCCAUGCCGGCCGUGUCCCGGCCUCGAAUGGUGAAGAUAGUUGCGGAUCUUGAAGGGAUCAAGGAGGAGCUGUUUAAGAACGGGACUAUGCUGAUGGAAAACGAGCAUGAAGGACAUGUGCAGUCCUUGACUCAAGUCCUCUCACAGGUGGAGGUGAUUGUGAGUGCAAAUGCCAAAUCUAGUGACGAGUCUACUUGAGGAGCCAGUGGUGAUCGCCAACCUUCAGUUAUUACUCAUGCUAAUGCUACAAUGGUACUUGUUGCCAUUUAUCUGUUGAAGUGGGGAUAUUAUGCUGGGUUGCAGACCUCGUUUGCCCGUCAUGCGGUUUUGAGUUCUUCCAAAAAGGUAUCAUAUUUCUGCUGUGGGGUCAUAGGAGCGAUUAAUGUAA